CUGUGAGUAAACCAACACUUUAAAUACGUUUGCUAUUGAAACACGUACGAAGUAUUAUUUUGUUAUUAAAAUAAAAAUAAACGAUUUAAGUAACAGUUUAAAAUGAGUGACGAGAGCAACCCUCGUACGCUAUACGUUGGUAAUUUAGACCCAUCAGUCACCGAAGAGUUACUAUGUGCAUUGUUCACAAACAUUGGUCCAGUAAAUGCAUGCAAAGUAAUACGUGAGCCAGGCAGUGAUCCUUAUGCGUUCCUUGAAUUUGAUACUCAUUCGGGUGCGGCUACAGCACUAGCCGCAAUGAAUGGUCGACUCUUUUUAGAUAAAGAGAUGAAAGUCAAUUGGGCCACGACGCCUGGCAAUCAGCCUAAGCUUGAUACAAGCAACCAUUAUCAUAUAUUUGUUGGGGAUCUAAGCCCUGAAAUUGAAACACACACUCUGAAAGAGGCAUUUGCACCAUUCGGAGAGAUUUCCAACUGUCGUAUUGUACGCGACCCUCAGACAUUAAAAUCUAAAGGAUAUGCUUUUGUAUCAUUUGUAAAAAAAUCUGAUGCUGAAAAUGCUAUUAAUUCAAUGAAUGGCCAAUGGCUGGGUAGUCGAAGCAUCAGGACAAAUUGGUCAACUAGAAAGCCACCUCCACCUAGAGCCCCAAACAAGUACAGUGGUUAUCGAGCAGUAACAUUUGAUGAUGUUUAUAAUCAGUCCAGUCCAACAAAUUGUACAGUAUACUGUGGAGGCAUUGUUGAAGGCUUAACAGAAGAGCUAGUUGAACAGGUGUUUUCACGCUUUGGCACAAUUGUUGAAAUUAGAGCAUUCCGAGAUAAAGGGUAUGCAUUUAUUAAGUUUUCUACAAAAGAAGCGGCUACAACCGCCAUUGAAGCUGUACACAAUACAGAAAUAAACGGACACCCUGUUAAAUGUUUCUGGGGUAAAGAGUCAGGUGACCCAAAUAGUGCAGCUAAUCUUGCUGCACAAGCUGCAGCUAGUACUGAUACUACUGGUCAAUACUCAUAUAAUAUGGCAUAUAAUCAAGGAAUGAAUUACUGGUACCCAUAUGCUCAAAUGCAAGGCCAAUAUGUGCAGGGUAUGCAAGCCAGCUAUGGUGGCGCCGCUGCUUACAGUCAAUAUACUGGAUAUCCAUAUCAGAUGGCAAAUGCCACUGCAUAUCAAAUGGGUAAUGGAACAGGACAAGCUGCUAAUGGACAACAGAUGUCAACACCAGCCAAUAUGCAAGCUGGGGUUUACUCAAUGCAGUAUCAAAGUCAGUGACAACCGAUAAAAUAGAUUUCUAUGAGUGUUGAAAUCUUAUAAGUUUUCUCAUUUGUGCUCUGUAUAUAAAUCUAAAAAAAUACUAAAAUAUUAGAAAACAGAUGUAUGAAAAUAAAAAUUAUAAAUUUAAUUUAACCCGCUGUUCCAUUAUUUAUAGCACAUUUAUGGCCUCAUUGUAAGUUAAAUUUUUUUUUGUAUAAUUU